AUGGCUGGCCUACGCUCUACGUUUCUAGUGCACUUUGUGAUCUGCUUCAUAUUCAGCCAGCUUCAUGUUGUCUCCUCCUUGCGGACGGAAACGGCGCUCAAGGAAGAGAAGCUACCGGCAUUCGUCAGCCAAGAUUCUGACGACUUUUGCAGAAGGACAGCGAGGGAUGAUUCCCAAGAUGCGGGGUGCCCGCAAGCGUCUACUGCUGCCCCUGCCGGAAGUAGUACUGAUGGCCUUUUCCAGGACGUACGGCUGAUUGGCUCGUUCGCCUUGGGCAUCGCCUUCAUGCACGUCAUGGAGGUCGUCAAGCCUGGUAACCGAGGUGCAGCCAGGAAGUUUGAACUCUACCCUUAUGUGCUGUGA